UCAUUUUCCUGCGCCAAACAGCUCGGAGUCGGAACGCGUUGCGCUAACGUUCAAUAUGGCGUUAAGCAAAACAUACGGACAGAAACCUAUUAAAUUCCAACUAGAGGAGGAUGAAGAAUUUUACAUGAUUGGAUCAGAGGUGGGGAAUUACUUACGUAUGUUCAGAGGGUCUUUAUAUAAGCGCUACCCAUCACUCUCAAGAAGGCUAGCGACAGUAGAGGAGAGAAAGAAAAUAGUAGCAUCAUCUCACGAUCACGGUUACACCACUUUAGCCACCAGUGUGACGCUGCUGAAGGCCUCCGAAGUAGAGGAGAUAUUUGAGGGACAUGAUGAGAAGUACAAGGCUGUGUCCAUCAGCACUGAACCUCCAGCCUAUCUCAGGGAGCAGAAAGCCAAAAGAAACAGUCAGUGGGUGCCCACUCUUCCCAAUAGUUCCCAUCAUUUGGACGCUGUGCCUUGCUCCACCACUAUUAACCGCAAUCGACUGGGGCGUGACAAAAAAAGGACCUUCCCGCUCUGCUUUGAUGAUCAUGACCCUGCAGUCAUUCAUGAGAACGCCACUCAGCCUGAGAUCCUGGUGCCCAUCCGUCUGGACAUGGAGAUUGACGGGCAGAAGCUGCGUGAUGCUUUCACAUGGAACAUGAAUGAGAAGCUAAUGACUCCGGAGAUGUUUGCUGAAAUCCUUUGCGACGAUCUGGAUCUGAGCCCACUGACCUUUGUUCCAGCCAUUGCCUCGGCCAUCAGACAGCAGAUAGAGUCCUACUCCACAGACAGCAUACUGGAUGAGCAGAUGGACCAGAGAGUCAUCAUUAAGUUAAACAUCCAUGUUGGGAACAUUUCUCUGGUGGACCAGUUUGAAUGGGACAUGUCUGAGAAGGAGAACUCUCCUGAGACGUUUGCUCUGAAGCUGUGCUCUGAGCUGGGCCUGGGAGGAGAGUUUGUCACCACUAUUGCAUACAGCAUACGCGGUCAGCUCAGCUGGCAUCAGAGGACCUACGCCUUCAGUGAGAACCCUCUCCCCACAGUGGAGAUUGCCAUCCGAAACACAGGUGAUGCUGACCAGUGGUGUCCGCUGCUGGAGACACUGACAGAUGCUGAGAUGGAGAAGAAGAUCAGGGACCAGGACAGAAACACAAGGCGAAUGAGACGACUUGCAAACACGGCACCAGCAUGGUGAAAAUAACAGCCCCCUUCCACAACUAUGUAAAUCUGAAGAGGAAAUAGCAAUAGAGGUACAACCCGGCAUUACUGACAUAAAAUCAUAGAGACAUUCCACUGGGCAGUCCAGAUCCAGUCCCUCCAGAUCAGAGUUACUGACUAUGAGAUACCCAGUAUCUGUCAUCUUGGAGACAGACCGUCUCUGUCUUGAAAUUGAGAAUAUUUUAUGGUAUCUUUAUUUGUCUUGUUUUGUGUUUGUGUAUAGAUGCCAUUUUGUAAACAUAAUGUGCUUUUAAAUAAAAUUAAGACCGACUCUUUUUUUGGAAUGCUUUUCAUUCCCAAAAGCUUGCAAUAAACUUGCAAGGACAGUCCCAACGGGGCAAGUGG